GCAGGCGGCACGGGCUGUGUGCGGUGUGCAGCUCUCCAGCAGACAUGCUCUGUGGGCUCAGGAAGGAUCUGCACUCAGAUUUUGAUGAUGGACCGUACUCCAAGGGAAGCAAAGACUUUUCAGGGAACGAUGUUGCGUUGGUCUCCAGGCGUCAAAGCAUUCCAGAGGAGUUCCGGGGAGUGACCAUUGUGGAGCUCAUUAAGAAAGAAGGCAGCACGUUGGGACUGACCAUCUCUGGGGGCACAGACAAGGAUGGCAAGCCCAGAGUGUCCAACCUGAGGCCGGGAGGCUUGGCCACCAGAAGUGACCAGCUGAAUAUCGGGGAUUACAUAAAGUCCGUGAAUGGCAUUAACUUGACAAAACUGCGCCAUGAAGAGAUUAUCAGCCUGCUGAAGAACGUAGGAGAGAGGGUGGUGCUGGAGGUGGAGUACGAGCUGCCGCCAGCCUCUCCAGAUAAUGCCGCCAUCAUCCCAAAGACACUGGAGAUCACCUUGUGCAAAGAAGGGAACAGCUUCGGGUUUGUUAUGAGGGGAGGGGCACAGGACGACUGGCACAAAUCCAGGCCUCUGGCGAUAACCUACGUGAGACCGGGAGGACCUGCAGAUAGGGAAGGAACUUUGAAAAUUGGGGACAGGAUUUUGUGUGUGGACGGCAUUGCUCUGCACAAUGUUCCUCUCUGUGAUGCUCUGAAUAUACUCCGGCAGUGCAGCCAGGAGGCAGUCUUCCAGAUUGAAUAUGAUGUUGCGCUUAUGGACACUGUGACAAAUGCAUCCGGACCUCUGCUAGUGGAAAUAGCCAAGACUCCAGGAUCCACGCUGGGCAUAUCCCUGAGCACUGGCACUCACCGGAACAAGCAAGUCAUCAUUAUUGACAAAGUUAAACCUGCCAGUGUGGUUGACCGCUGUGGGGCUCUUCACCCCGGUGACCACAUCCUAUCCAUAGAUGGCACCAGUACGGAGCAUUGCACUGUGAUGGAGGCGACCCAGCUGCUUGCGAGCACCACAGAGAAUGUGAAGCUGGAGAUCCUCCCGGCACAUCACAGCCGCCUCUCUCUGAGGCCACCAGAGACUGUUAAAGUGCAAAAGAGUGAACACCACCACUGCUGGGACCCCUGCAUCAACUACUGUCACACCCAUCAUCCAGGGCACUGCAAGACUCCUACCUGGAAUCCAAGCUCCAAUCAAGACUACUGUAAAUCUUUGGUUGCCACCAACCUCUCUUCCUCUUCUUCAGCUGGGACCCCAGGGUUUAGUAGCAGUCAGAAUUCCAACACCCUUCCCCGCUCUGCACAUCAGAUGAGCCCGAGGACCACUAUGACCCGCCGGCGGCAGCGAAGGAAGGACCAUAAAAGCUCAAUAUCCCUGGCUUCCAGCACUGUGGGUCCUGGUGGGCAGAUCAUCCAUACAGAGACCACCGAGAUUGUCCUACGCGGGGACCCUUUAAAUGGCUUCGGUGUCCAGCUGCAGGGAGGAAUAUUUGCCACGGAGACUCUGUCUUCUCCGCCACUCAUCCGAUUCAUUGAGCCGGACAGCCCUGCAGAGAGGUGCGGCCUCCUGCAGGUAGGGGACAGACUGCUCUCCAUCAAUGGUAUUUUAACAGAGGACGGGACUCUGGAGGAAGCCAAUCAGCUCCUGCGGGACGCCGCGCUUUCCAACAAAGUCGUCCUGGAAAUCGAAUAUGAUGUGGCUGAGUCCGUAGUUCCGAGCAGUGGUACGUUCCACGUCAAGCUGCCAAAAAAGAGGGGCGUGGAGCUGGGCAUUACCAUCAGCUCCAGCAGAAAACCCAGCGACCCUUUAAUUAUAUCGGACAUCAAGAAGGGCAGCGUCGCACACAGAACCGGCACCCUGGAGCCCGGAGACAAGCUGUUAGCCAUAGAUAACAUCCGCCUCGACAACUGCUCGAUGGAAGAUGCUGUGCAGAUACUGCGCCAAUGUGAGGAGCUCGUCAAACUGAAGAUUCGAAAGGAUGAAGACAAUUCGGACGAGCAGGAAACGACGGGUGCUAUCAUAUACACAGUGGAGCUGAAGAGAUAUGGCGGGCCAUUAGGUAUUACGAUAUCGGGGACGGAAGAACCCUUUGAUCCCAUCGUUAUUUCCGGCCUCACAAAGAGAGGGCUGGCUGAAAGAACUGGAGCAAUUCAUGUCGGGGAUCGGAUCUUGGCCAUUAACAGUGUGAGUCUAAAGGGAAAACCGCUGAGCGAGGCCAUUCACCUGCUGCAGAUGGCUGGAGAGACGGUGACCCUCAAGAUAAAGAAGCAAGCAGAGAGGACACAUUCUCAGAAGCUCUCCGAUGGAGUAAAUGAAGGGAGCGACCCCGAAGACGACCUCACCGACUCUCAGAAGACCAGCAAGUUAUCUGAGAUCUACUCCACGACCAUCCCCAGUGUGGACAGCGCUCUGGAAUCAUGGGACGGGUCUGGUAUUGAUGCAGGAUAUGGAAGCCAUGGUAACUAUAUGCAUCAGGCUGUGGGGAUCUCGUUACAUCCACAUGAGUGGAGAACGACCCGGCAGAAGAUGAACACCCCACCAGUGGAACACAGGAAGAGCUACCCCUUUCUGGAUGGAAGCUUCCAUGAGGAGGAGUGGGACAAGCCAGCUCGAUACCCCAGCCAACCCAACGGCCUGGAGACCGAGCACGAUGAUAGCUUCUGGCGAGUGUUCGGGGAAGCUUUGGAAGACCUAGAAACGUGUGGACAGUCGGAGCUCCUCAGGGAGAUCGAGGCUUCCAUCAUGACCGGCAGCGUGCAAAGUAUCGGGCUUGACGGAAGCAAACUGCUCCUCGAAAACGCCAAUCAAAGUAGCCGCUUUCUGCAUCGGAAAGGAGGUUCCCACCACUCCAAAAACAGCCCCAAAAAGGAGAACAAGCUCAACCAGGAACCCAAAAUCCUGAAGGAUGACGGCCAAGACGUGUCCGCUGCUGCAGAACUGCUGAAGGUGACCGUGAUGAAGGACUUGGAAACAGAUGACUUUGGCUUCAGCGUCUCAGACGGGCUUCUGGACAAAGGCGUUUAUGUCAAUAUGAUCCGUCCCGGGGGUCCGGCAGACAGGAGCGGUCUUCAGCCUUACGACAGGAUCCUGCAGGUGAACCACGUCCGCACACGAGAUUUUGACUGUUGCCUGGCGGUGCCUCUCUUGUCCGACGCUGGUGACAGGUUAGACCUGGUCAUCAGCCGCAAGCCUCUGUCCAGCGGGGUUCGAGAGGAGACCCUUAAACACCCCAUUAGUUUAGAAUCAAAGACGAGCACAAAGACCCUCUGAGGAGCCUAAAGUGUGACUUUUUCCCCAACCUAGAAGAAGCGGCCAUUGAGAAAAUGCGGCAACCCCUUCAUGUCAAGGCACAGGUUGGCGACUGUCUCAUUCUGACAGUUUUCAGCACUUUUUCCUGUUUUUUUCUUUACUUUGGCGCAUUCGCUAGGAUGUCGGCGUCCUUGUGGUUGGAGAUUCAUCCCUCUCUCAUGGUGCUAUCAGUUGUAUUAUUUGACUCUAUACCUCAUGUUAGUGAUGACAAGAAUCGUCUCGAAAGAUCCUGGAAACGAUUCUUCUUGUGGUUUGUGUAAUGUACGUGAUGCGGUUGCUGAUAUAUUAGGUGACCCCCCCCCCCCCUUCGCCCACACACAUUUAUCGUAUUUUCAACACUGACGCACUUUAUAUUCCCCUCACCCUCCACAAAGUAGAUUAGACACUAUUCCUCAAGAUGACCACCUCGAGUUGCUAAUGUAAUUUUUUAUUUUUACCCACAAUGCACUUCAAGGGCCACACCCCAGCGCCUUACUUGGCGCUGUAAGACCACGCGCACUUCCUCCGUGAGAAUAGUAUUAUACUGUGUUUUAGCACUUUCCCCGCGUCGCCCUAUGUUAUCGCACCUCACUGCCAUUUUGUGUUUCUUCAAGGAACCAAUCAGAGCUCAGCCUGAACUGAAACGCAGGCUCCGAUUGGCUGCCACAGACAAUGACACCCUUUUGUUGAUGAUGUCCACUAGUCAUAAGCGUGAAUAGGAUUUUUUAUUUUUUACACAUUGAGCAGCUGCACUGCCGACCACAAGAAAAGAAAGCGAUGUUCUUGGAGCACAGUAUGUUUUAUAAUGUAGCAUGCCGCCAUCUUAAUGGCGUUUAUUCCUGAUGGCGCCAUUUUACUGCCAGAGCCACAGCAGAUAAGCCUGAUGCUUAGAAAAUAGAUGGGAAACGACUGUCAAUGGCCCAAAUUUGGGUCAGACUGGGCUGCAGGUGAGGGGUUGCCCAUAGCAACCAAUCAUAAUGCGGCUUUUAGUGCAGGUUAGGACUUAAAAGCUGUGAUCUGAUAGGUUGCUAUGGGCACCGCUGCCACUGGUUUCUAGGUGCGGCCUAGUCUGUGGAGCAGCCAUUUCACAAGUUUCUGGCCUACAAUGACAAAUACUGAGGUACCUUAGCGGCCAUUUUUUUUUAUGCUAAUAAUGGACGGAUUAAGAUUUUCACUUUCAGUGAAAUUUAAGGCAAAUGAUUGCAUAAGAAUGGUGAGGCAUUAAAUUUACCUCAAGAUGGCUUCCACAACCUCUGAUGGUGGCCAGAGAAAUAUGAUAUUCUUCAAAUUUGUUUUGGCAUAGUCUCCAUACUGCAGUUUUUGAUAUUAAGAUGACAUUAAAAAGCACCGGUCUCCGACUGUUGCGAAACUACAACUCUCAGCAUGCACCGACAGCUGCAGAAUUCUGGGAGGUGUAGUUUUGUAACAACCGGACAGGCACAGGUUAGGGACCACUGAUACAUCAGCAGACAAGAUGGUUGCCAAGUACCUACCUAGUACUUUCUGUCUAUCCAGGUAAGUGACUGUAUUUCAGAUCUGUAGGCUAAAAUGGCUGCCUGUUGAUGUUUACUAAUCCUCUCGCACCCCAGUGUUCAUUAGGGCCAGUAUCUCUGUGGCUGCGGAUGCAGCGAACGCUCCCUACAGCCCCCACGCUGUCUUUAUUUCGCCAUACAUUUCGUGCCAUAGCAGGGACUGAAGGUAUUUUUAUAUGCAAUAUUUGUGGGUACAGAGCCCCCCAAUCUUUGGGUUUUCACACGAUGCAUUUAAACAGAAGGCUUUAACAAUCCCUCUACUCUUUCCUAUGCAUUUUCAAUGAUCUCGUCCAGUUUCCCGCGUUACCAGAGGAGUAUUUUUAUCCGUAUGAGUAAAACGUAACUUGUACAGUAUUUUUCUACAGAUUUAGGUAUUCUUAUGUAUUCAGGAAAGCACAAACCGCGAAGCUGACAGGAGCCAGAACUUUUAUUUUAUUCCUGUUCCGGGCACAUUUGUAAAUAUUUUUUUUUCUGUAUUUAAAAAGUGAAAAAAAAAGGG